AGGGGGCUUCCCAGAGGAGGUGAGGAGGGAGCCAGGGAGAGGAUGCCGGGGAAGGGGAGGUCAGGACAGGCUGUGGGCUCGCUGUGCCAGAAGCUGGUGAACGGGCUGGGCUGCUGGACGGAAGCAGUGUCCAGAUGGACGGGUGGCCAGAUGGGGGGUCCCCUUGCUCACUGGAGGAAAGGAGAGCACACGGGUCAGCUUCUGCCCACAGAAUCACGAGUUUCUCUGGCAUGGAGGAGUCUGCUUGGGCGGAGGGGAGGGCUCAAAGGGGAACAGCCAGCACGGAGACGCACCAGGGGCAGAGGGAAGGAGGAAAAAGUGGGAGAUUGGACGAAGAAAAAUCCCAGCAGGCCUGCUAGAAACCUGCCAUCCAGGUGGCCAACGAGGGGACUGAGGUGCUCGCCCUGCCAGCCCACCCCAAGCUCCCAUCACCCACUGCCCCAUCCGUGACCAGCUCCCACUCACCCGGCAGUGGCAGAAGACGGUGGAUUAACCCCUAAUCCUGCGACCAGACGCAGCUUCCAGCAGCCUCUGCAGCACCCGGGGGUGACCCCAAACAUCUCCUGGGGACACCUCCGCACCGCAGCUGUCCUCAUCACCGGGGACGUACCGGCUGCGGGUGAUUUCAUGAGCACGACGUAGUGCAGGGAAGCGGGGGACAGGCACCCUUCCUACCUGCUGAAAGUCAAGGUGACGUGAGCCAUUCCCCCAAGAGCAUUGGAGCAGGAGUGAUGGGGAGGCCAGGGAUGUGACAGGCCAUCCCAGUGCUGGAAGCCCAUCAAGGGCUGGUUUUUUGGGGCUUUUUCAAAGACAAGGGUGAGGUGAGUGGUGCAACAUGAGCCUGGGGAAGCUGCCGGUGCUCAGCUGGGUGUCGGGCUCCCAUGGCAAGCGGCGGCUGAAGUCAGAGCUGACGCCGGACAUGAUCAGCCCACCACUGGGGGACUUUCGGCACACUAUGCACGUGGGGCGCGGUGGGGAUGUCUUCGGGGACACCUCCUUCCUCAGCAACCAUGGUGGGGCCGACACAACCAAAGCUAACAACUUCUUCGCCCGGACGCUGCGGCACGUCCGCCGGACACCAUUGAGGAGCCGGGGCAGUGGGGGCCAAGCAGGGGCGUCGCCUGCCCCCCCGCCUGUCUCACCCAUCAUCAAGAAUGCCAUCUCGCUGCCACAGCUCAACGAGGGGACAUACGAUGGUGGUGGUGGCCGGGGCUUGACCAGCAAGUUCUCCUUCAAAAGUGCCUCCAACAGCUUCUCCAAAACACACCAGGCCUAUGGGCUGGAGUCUGGGUUUUGCACCAUCCCUCGCGUCCCUCGCUUGGAAAAGGCCCAAGAGAACGCCUUCCCCGCAGAAGCAGAGCUGAAGCGCUCAGACUCCCUGCUCUCCUUCCGCCUGGACCUGGGGCCCUCUCUGAUGAGCGAGCUCCUCCAGGUGAUGAGCUUCUCUGAAACCAAUGGGAGCGAGGUGGGGGAAGAUGACCCAGACCUCCUGUGUGGUGAGGGGACCAAGGAUGGGGUCCCUCCAGCAUCAGGUGCAUCCCAUGGAGAGGACAAGGCAACGUCCAGUUUCUGGGACCACUCUGGGCAGAGCAGCCUGUCCGGGGCCAGCUCGCUGCCGGGACUGUCGGUCCAUGCCAACGGAGAGGCACACGCCAUCGAGGGCACUGGAGAGGACCCUGCCUGGGCUUCCGGGCCAGGGGCAGCGCCCAGAGGGACUCCGUGGCAGGGGCACUGGAACGACUGCACCAUCGAGGCAGGAGAGUUUGACCGGGCGGCCCAGGUCCUGGCCCGCCAUUAUGGUGGGACCAGCACCCCUCGGAGCUCAGAGAAGGGUGAGGGUCCCCGGCAGGCCCGGAUGCAGACCCAAUGGGAGAGUCCCAGCAGCAACUCAUGGCGGUUGCAAGUGACAGGGGAGAGCCGGUAUCCCAAGGCCACCUGGAACCAAGGAGAGGAGGAGGAGGAGGAGGAGGAGGAAGAGGCCAAGCUCUCCAGCCUGCAGGAGGGGUACGCUGGUGCCCGGGGAGGGCGCAGCAAUUCCUUUGAAUACGCUGAUGAAGAGGAGGAGGAGGAGGACGAUGAAGUCAAGGUGUGAACAGCCAUCCCUCCCAUCACAGCCCCUCGCCAGAGAUGCUGGUGCCGGGGUCUUCACCCUCCUCCUUGUCCCCCACCCUCAGGUGCCAGCGUCACCAGCAGAACCAGCGGGCAACCUCCUUGCCAUGCUGGGGGCACUGGGGGGGGCUGGAGGGGUCAGGAGGAGAGCCCAUCUCCUCAGGGGCUCCCUGGGGCUGGGCCAGGCUGCUGCGGAGGGCCAGUGAGGGCUGUGCAUUGCAGCAUGGGGCAUCACAGCCCUUCCCCAGCCUCACUGCUGUUAGAUGCCAAAGGGACAUUCCCAUGUGCCAAAGAAACCCCAAACCCCUUCCUACCCCAUCCUGUUCCCCCCCAGCACUCUCUCUCUCAUCCCUCAGCCUGGCCCCACCAGCAUGUCUGGGGACAUGAGCCAUCCUUGCACCAAAGCCCCCAGCCGCCCUCUGCGCUGGCACAGGUGCCCUCCCAGAGAUAUUCCCACCAAUAGCUCUGGCAUGUAAGGGAUGGGGCUCACCCCAGCUCCAGCUGGUGCAAGACCCUCCUGUAUAGCACAUCUAUCUACUGGGGGGGUCAGCUAGGGGCUUAAGGGGCAGGCAAACCCCACAGAGCUGAGCUUUCUCCUUUCCCCUCCCCCCAAAAAAGGCUGUGAGCUCAGCGUUCAGGAGGUGAGAGCACAGACAGAGAUAAUCACAGGGGUCUUUCCACGUGCCUCCUGCUGCUGAGCAUCACUUAGGAUGGCUCCUUUUCCCACCCCUGCCCCCUCACAGCAAGGAGGGGAGAAACUUCUUGGCUGGCUGGAGGCAGAGGCGUCGGGUCACCAAAUUCUGCAGUUUGGGUCCUAAAAACCCCUUCCUUUCCCCCACCUCAAAACAAGGAGACUCCCACUCUGCAGCCACUGUCUGUGCCACCUCUCCAUCCUCACUCCCUCUCCCCAUUCCCAAUGCGCGCACCCCUCUUUCCAGCGCACCCCUUCCCAGGGGUACGUGCGGAGGACGGCUAAUGCCCCUUGCCGAGCAGCCCUGGGCAAUGCAGCCGCCCUGAAACGAGCUGCCCCCCACACUGCCCCGCGUGCAAACUGGCCCACACAGAAGUGCCUUUGUGCUGCGACGUGGAGCCGAGAUGCUCGGGGGCUGAGGUCACCGGAGGGACCCUCACAGGACCCCCCUUGUUCUCCUGGACAGGAGGGGGCGUGUGGCAGGGGGAGAUGCUGGGCUGUGGCCGCAAGACUCCACUCCCACGCAGCUCACCCGCCGCCUGGCUGCUUCUGGCAGGGAACUUUUCAGAGCAGAAUAAAGAGGCUCUGGCAUGCACACGUGUUGUACAUGGGAGUGCCACUCGCAGUCAGGCCAUGGAGCUUACAGGCAAGCCCAUCUCCCCCAGCCUCCCUGGGCAGCUGCCUUGUGCUGGCCAGCAGCAGCAUGCCGGGGCAGGCAGUAGCUUCAGUGAGUCCUCAGCUCUGGCCACUGACACCCAGCAGGAUCAGCCUUAUCACCCCUGCACCCUCCAGGGUGGGGACCCUGGCUCUCAGGAUGAGCUCCCCCUGCCAUCCGCUUUUCAGACCGUAACACAAGCUCCAGACCAAAGACCCACAUCCAUGGAAUAUCCCUUCUGCCUCCACUCUGUAUCCCAUGCACUUAUUAUUGUCCUUAUUAAAGCAGUUUUGAUAC